UCACUCAAUGACCAAAAAGAAUGAAAUCUUGCCAUUGGCAACAAUAUGUAUGGAACUAGAGUGUAUUAUCCUAAGUGAAAUAAGUCAGAGAAAGACAAAUACUGUGUGCUUUCACUCAUCUGUGGAAUUUAAGAAACAAAAUAGAUGAACAUAAGGGAAGGAAAGGAAAAAAAUAAGAUAAAAACGGAGAGGGAGGCAAACCACCAGUGACUCUUAAAUACAGAGAACAAACUGAGGGUUGCUGGAGGGGCAUUGGGUGGGGGGAUGGACCUAAUGGGUGAUGGGCAUUGAAGAGGGCACUUGUUGGGAUGAGCACUGGGUGUCAUAUGUAAGUCAUGAAUCACUGGGUUUUAUUCCUGAAAUCAAUGCUACGCUGUAUGAUAACUCACUUGAUUUUAAAUAAAUACAUUUAAAAAAAUAAAAGGACAAAUGACACUGAAAGCAAAGCCCACAUGCUUGCUGGGUGAAGACAGCAUGUUAUGGGGGGGAAGCUAUGUUAUUAUUUGCUAUUGUCUGUAGAGAUAAAUGUUGACACAAAAUGAACAAACCUUUUAGCAUCUCUAAAGAAAGAGAGUUUUAUUUGAGCCUAAGUUAGGACAGUUGCCUGGGAAACACCCUCAUCGCAGGGAAAAACAUGCUCCGGAGAAUGAACCGUUUUUACAGGGCUAUAUUCUUUUUUACAGCUUGCAAAAGCCCAAAAGAUAACAGGUUAACAUAUAGGCAGGAAUCACAGGUUUUAAUGUCAAGGAAUGCAGGGAGAUAGAGAUCUUAAGGGCAAGGUGGUUUCCCUUAGGCUGUGCAUUUACAAGGCAGGUGUACAAUGUGUAUUUGAUGGGCCAUAAAUCAGGCUUUUGGUUGGAACAAAGUUUAUGUACAGUCAUGCUGACUUAGAAAUCUAAAAUGGCUUCCCUUCUAUAUCAGGACUUUAGAGAAGGUCUCAUCAUGAAGACUACUCAAAGAACACACAGCAGCUAUUUAUUCAGAGUUUGCUGUAGCAAAGGAGUCAAGCCUCCAUCACUUGCAUUUGGCAGUGAUUCAAAGGCAGACAGAGGAGUGGGUAAGCUUUAUGGUGAAAAAGGUACCUAUUGACUGGAGUUGUUGGUCUUGGAUGCUGGAGCUGGGGCAUCCUAGGUGCUUGGUUUGAAGAGCGUAGUCGGCUUUCUCUGGUUAGUCCUGAGUUGGAAGUGAGGACAAAAAUAGAAAAGCUGGCAGCCAUUGAACACUUCUGACUCUGGGCCCAUUGCUAUAGAAGCUGAGGGUUUGAGUUCUGUUGUCUCAGAUGUUUGUGUAUUCAGUCUCCUCCUGUAUUGAGAUUCACAUUGGUGUUUUCAAAUUUGAAUUGAGUGUUUUUUUCUUUCCCUAGAUCUUUCCUCACUCCCACAGGUUGUCUGUGUGUAUGUUGGAAGUAUAGACAAAGUAUCUGGGAUGCACAGCUGACUCCAAAGUGAAACAGGAACCAAACUGUUCCUUAAGGAAGGUGAAGGGAUCCUCAUUGUUCAGUGGAAGGGAGACAUGGAACACAGGUGACUCCUAGAAGCUGGAAAAGGCAAGGCAACGAUUCUCCCCUAGAGCCUCCAGAGAGAGCAUGCCAACAUCUUGAUUUUGGCCCAGUGGGACCUGUUUUCCACCUCUGACCUCCAGAACUGUGUGGAGACAAUCCCAUUAUGACAUGCAUUCGAGGAGUCCCUUUCUGUGGAGAACCCUAUACAGCAGUGAAUAAACCUCAGACCGGGGAGGUCUCUGACUUGAAUCAGCAGGUGUGGAUCCUGCAGGAUCAGACCAUUGUGACAGUUCCACGGACUGACAGUGUGACUCCAGUCACUGUCACUGUUGUCCCAUGCAAGUAUCCAGAGUAUCUUGAGCAAGGCAGAGGGAUUCCCAUUUAUAUGGGAAUAGAGAAUCCAGAAAUGUGUCUGUCUUGUGAGGACAUAGGAGGGCAGCCCACAUUGCAACUGAAGGAGGAGGAGAUACUGGAUCUGUACAACGAAGUCGCGCCCGUGGAGCCCUUCCUCUUCUACCACUCAAAAGAUGGCAGGACCUCCACCUUCGAGUCCGUGGCGUUCCCUGGCUGGUUCAUCGCCUCCUCUGAGAUCCGCCAUCCCCUCUUCCUCACUUCAGACCUGGGGGGAAAGAACAAUGUUAACUUCAAUUUAAGUAUCAAUGCUUGACCUCAGC